GGAGAGGAGUUUCUACUGGAGGUUGGACUGGCAGGUAAGGGGAACUUAACGCCACCUAAAGCUCAGAUGAUGAAGUGAUGUUGUAAAUUCCAGCGUGAAGACCGGGACAGAAGGACGCUUGGGCUGUAAUGUCUCCUUUUCAAGCCCUAGGCCUCGAUCUGCCAGCUCCUCAUGAAACUCUCUGUCUUUGCAGGCACCUCACACUGCUGCUGGGUGGGCUGCUGCUGGCGGUGGUCACCAUGGGCCCCUACUGCCCCCUGAUUCUCCUCCCAGCGCUGUCCUUUGUGCUGAUGCUGAAGCUGGUCAGCCCGCCAUGCCUUCACACCUGGGUAUUCCUUGUCCAGAUGAGUUGGCAGACAGCCUGGCAUCUGUUUCUUCAGUAUAAAGAAUACAAGCUUCGAGAAGCUCCAGAUGCCAGGCUGCUCAUUGCGAUGUCUUCGCUGAUGCUUCUCACACAGCGUGUGACGUCCGUCUCGAUGGAUGUUCAGGAUGGCCAGGUGACACUCAGGGGUUUAGCAGAAAGCGGCUCCCACCUACAGAAAGCCCGCUCCUUGUUGCCAUUCCUCAGCUACACCCUCUACUUUCCCGCCCUCCUCGGUGGACCCCUGUGCUCCUUCAGGACCUUCAAGUCAUCGGUGGAGAUGAGCGGACAGAGACACCCCAUUGCCUUGUGGCACGUGUGUCGAAAAUGCUUUUUGUUUCUGUCACUAGAGUGCCUAAAGGCACUGCUUGGCAUCAGGAUAGGCUACGACUUCUUCGACAUCACACACCACGGCGGACUGCAAGGCGUCGUCUCCAUUUGGGGCCUUUCACUGCUCUAUAAGAUGAGCUACUAUUCUCACUGGGUCCUCAGUGAGGCCAUCAAUAUUGCAGCUGGCUUGGGUUUUGGAGGCUGUAGUGCCAAUGGCAGUCCACUUUGGAAUGACCUCUGGGAUGCUGACAUUUGGACUUUGGAGACGACCAAUAUGGUAUCUCAGUUUGCACGUUCAUGGAACAAGACCACAGCAGACUGGCUCAGAAGGCUGGUGUUUCAGAAGAUCAACAGGUACAGGCUACUGGCCACCUUUGGCUUUUCAGCAUGGUGGCAUGGGCUUCACCUUGGCCAGAUUGUUGGGUUCCUGUGCUGGGCCGCCACAGUGGAGGCAGACUACCGCAUUCACGCAUUUCUACGCCCUUACGUCCGGGGUGGCGCCGUACGAUGGCUCUACCAAAUGAUCACAUGGGCCCAGACGCAACUGGUGGUGGCCUUUGUCAUCAUGACUGUUGAGCUGAGGAAGCCCUCUGCUGUUCGGCUAGUCUGGGGCUCCCCCAUCUCGCUCUUUCCACUUCUCUACUGCCUCCUGCUUUUUGUCCUACCCAAGAAAAAACAAAACUAAUCCGAGUCGCGGCGACCAAAGGGGGAGAAUCGGAAGGGAAGGACGGCCAUGGAAUUCGAACAGCGCCACACAUGAAAGCCUCAUCUUUGAUUUAAACGUGUCCCCCUUAUUAUGACAGCAGUGAUGGAUACAUGUAGGUAAAAAUUAGUUUAUCAAUUGAUCAAAUAACUUAAUUAAAUCAUUCAUUAGUCACA